AUGAGGCAACCAAAUCACCACGUAUUAAAAGACCCGGAUAACGGUGUGGCCGAUUUAAUAUUUACGGCCGAAACUGUAGACAAGUGGCCACUAGUGAUCUCUACCAAGUUCAACGUGCCGUACCUAUUAUAUAAAAAGCAUUAUGGAAAGAAAAUCUAUGGUGAAAUAUAUUCAGUUGAUAAUAAAAUGAGAAAUAAUAUGGACAAGUUUGAAAGUCAUCCAGAAUUUUACACUCGGACAAAAGUGCAAGUUCAGUUGGAUGAUAAUAAUGACACAGUAAUAGACGUGUGGGCCUAUUUCAUCAUGGACUUUAAGCCCCAGUUGUUGGACCUAGAAACUUACGAUGAUUACAAUAGUUAUGGCAGCCAUGGCCUACAAUAUGUGAAAGGUUGCGAGCAAGAUGAUUUUCGCGAUGAGUUAUUAAGAAUUGUGCUGACUAUUAAAGUGACCAAUAGGAAAAGGCCAAUUGAGAUUAACUAA